AUGCGCGUCCCGGAGACGCGAACACUCUGAUGAAGGAUUUAGGCCCGAAACGUCAGCUUUUGUGCUCCUAAGAUGCUGCUGGACCUGCUGUGUUCAUCCAGCCCCACACUUUGUUAUCUUGGAUUCUCCAGCAUCUGCAGUUCCCAUUAUCUCACGUACCUGGACGCUCCGUCUGGCGUCAUCUGUCGCCUUGGGAACAGCGCCGCUGUUGGGGACGCGCUGGACUCUGGCCGUUUUGAAAAUAAACUGAAGUACGUGGGGUACACGCUUAACAUGUCAGCCUUUCUAAAGAAGGGAGUCGCACUGGAGUCUAACUAAGAGCACACAUUCUUGUCACCUCUGGCACAUGACAUAAUGGGAACUGCAGAUGCUGGAGAAUCUGAGAUAACAAAGUAUGGAGCUGGAUGAACACAACAGGCCAAGCAGCACCUUAGGAGCACAAAAUCUGACAUUUCUGGCCUAGACCCUUCAUCUGGAGCUUCAUCUGGACCCUUCAUCCAGACCUAGACCUCUGGCACAUGUUCUUUUCGCUAGAUUUUCUGCCAGUUCAGCAGCCUGCUCCUUGAAAGGGGAUGUGGGUAUCACUGGCUAGACCAGCAUUUAUUGCUUAUCCUGAAAUGCCCAGAGGACAGUUAAGAGUCAACCACAUUGCUGUGGGUCUGGAUUCACACGUGGUCUAGACCAGUUACCUAAGAAUGAAAUGGCAGCUGCAGAACCAACUAGUAGGCCACCCUCAGGGUCCAAAAGUAUUUCUUCUUUUGAUCUUCCCCUAUACCCAAUUUUAAAACCCAACACAAAUACCAUGAAUAUUCCAAGGCCUAAAUCUGCCAAAGGUCGCAGUCGUCCCAGCUCUGCUUAUGUUCAGAGUCCAGAGAUUUGUUCAGAUCCUAUUCCUGUUCCAUCGGCUUUUAGUGACCUAAGCAACAGUCCUCCAUCUUCAACUUUACAUCCACCCAACAGGAUUACUCGAGUGACUAACGAAGAUGUUCCAAAUCUUAUCCAUCAAGUUCCAUCUCGGCCAUCCUCAUCCUUAAAUAGGUACAAAGUUUUACCGUCCAUUGGAAGGAGAGAGUCCAGUGAAAGUGGAAUAAGGACCAUAGCACAACAAACCAAUAAACUUAAUCUGCAUGCAGACCUUGAACAAAAUUUAAAAUCAAACAAGGAAAAGAAGCCACCCCCGCCACUCUCUAAGUCUAGAACUUCAACAACAAAAACACAGGUAUCUCAGAAUCCAUUACUCACUUUACCUGAUGAACCAUCAGAAUCUGAGCCACGAUUGCGACUUGCUGUGAGAUACCCAUCAGGCCAGAGAUUUGAACGCUGCUUCAGGCCUUCAGACACGUUACAAUCAAUCCUGUCUGUGGCUGAAUGGAAAAGUAAUAAUAACUAUGCUAACUCUGUGGUUGAAACCAUGGAUGUACCUAGGAGAAGUUUCAGUGACCUGUCAAAGACACUGGAGGAAUGUGGAAUUCAAAAUAAAUCAGUUCUUUGUAUCCUACAGGGUGAGGGCAAUUAGUACUUAAUGUUUAUUAACAAUUCCAUCCCAAGAUGAAAAAGGAUGCGCAAAAAAAAGUCCAGUCCAAUUUUUUUUCAAAAUUCAAAUUUAAUUGCUAAAGAUAUCUGAGCGUGAACCAAAUUGAUGGGGCACGUUCUAUGAUUAGAAUAGUUGUUCCUCACAUUUCAAUGAAAAGGAUGGUUAAAAGUCACACAAUGAUUGGUUUUGCAAUCUGAAUCUCUCCUGAUGACUUUUCAUUAGGCAUGAUGGUGUAAAGUGAUUAUGCGCCUAUAGAGACAGUGAAGAAACCCAGUUAAAAGAAAAACUCGUGGAUAGUUUGUAACUUCAAAUGCAGAACAAGAAUUUGAUGGAGAUCUUUAGUGCAAGCUCUUGGCUGCCUUUCAGUUCAAAAGGUUGUCUAACUUAGCGUUGAAUACACUGAAUAUAUUAAAUAUUGAAUAUUCAACUACUCAGCUUUCACUGUAAAAAUAAUCCAAAAAUUCAUAACCCUUUGUGAAAAGAAAUUUUUCCUCAAACAUCUGAAAUGGCUUGUUCAGAAACAAUAUCCCCAGAUUGUAGAUUACUCAUGCUUGGAAAGAUCUCAGCAUCUCCCUUGUCAAGCCAUCUUGACAAUCUUAAUGUUGCAAUAGGAUCCUCUCUCAAUCUUCUAAAUACCAAUCAGUACAGGUUAAACUUGCUGAGACUCUCCUCAAAAGACAACCCUUCAUCCCAGGAAACAACGUAGUGUAAAUUUCCUGAAAUAUGCAAGUAUAUCCUUCCUGUAUCAGAGACCAAAACUGCACACAGUACUCUAGGUUUGACCUCACAAAUGCUGUGUACAGUUGUAACAAGGCAUCACUACUUUAAUACUCCAUCUCCUUGCAAUUAAAAGCAAUCUUCCAUUUACCUUCCUAAUUAUUUAUAUCUGCAUAGAAACAUUUUGUGAUUUAAAGGACGCUCACACCCCUCUGCACCACAGCAUAUUAUUUCUCUUCUUUUAACUAAUAUUUUGUUUUUAAUUUUCCUACAAAAAUGGAUACCUUCGUAUUUUUCCUGAUCAUACGCUAUUUUGACCUGCUUAUUUCUGGUACUUUUAUUCCUUUGCAAACUCUUUAUAUUCUCCACACUGCUCGAUUUUCCAAGAAUCCUUGUAUCAUCAGCAACUUUGGCUAUACAAUAUGUUGUUCAUCCAAGUUAUUAACAUUGAGCAUAAAUAGUUGAGACCUCAGCAUUGAUCCCUGUUGCAGUUUACUAUACUGAAAAUGAUCCAUUCAUCCCAGCUCUCUGUUUUCUUUAAAAGCACGGAGCCAAAAAAAACUGGCAGUAGGCAUUAGCUAUUUGAACUCUUAAGCCUAUUCCACCAUUUGGUAAGGUCCUGCUGAUAUGAUUGUGACCACAACUCCAUUUCCUGUAAAUCCCUACAUCCUUUCACACCAUUUGCAAUCAAGAAACUAGUUAACUGAUCCUCUAUCCAUGCUAAUAUACAAUAUUAGCUCAACAACAUCAAUUUUAUCCUGUGUAUUAACCUAAUGGCAUCUUAUCAAAUGCCCUUUGGAAUCUCGAAGACUUUAUCUACAGACUUACUUCUUUUCAUCCUGCUUAUUGGAUCCUCAGAAGAACUCUAAUAAAUUUGCUAAACACGAUUUCCCUUUCACAAACCAUUAUAUCAUGAUUUUCUAAACAUUUUGCUGCUACUUCCUAAAUAAUGAUUUCCUGUAUCUUCCCAAUGACAGGUGUUAGGUUAACAAACUCUGGUUACCUCCUUUCUCUGUGCCUCCAUUCUUGAAAGAAAGCAUUAAAUUUGAGAGACUUUUUUAAUCCACUGAAACUUUUUUUUUUCCAAAUUGAUGGAACAUUUGAAGGUUGUAACCAAUACAUCCACGUAUUUCUGCAUCCACUUUUUUGGAUCCCCUGUCCAUUCCAGAGGACUUAUCAGACUUUAAUCCCAUUUGUUUUAUUCUCUAGUGAUUGCUAUUGUUUGAAGUUCCCUCUUUUGGCCCUUGAUUUUUUACUAUUAAUGGGAUGAGUUUUAGUGCCUUCCAUGAAGGCAGAUAAAAAUUCUUGUUCAAAAACUCUGUUUAUUUCUUAUUUCCUAUUAUUAACUCCCUAGUCUAACCAUCAAAGGGCAGCUGCUGUUCUUUUUUUCCCAAUGACUCAUAUUUUCUACAAGCAUAACACAUUGGACUCAAAGUAAUUCUGAUCGUAUUACUGGUGUAAACGAAAUAGUGAACAGAACAUCAUGUUUGAUUUGAUCAAAUGAGUCUGUGACCAAAGGGGCCCUUUAAACUUAAAUAUGGGCUGAUUUGCUUUUUUCUCCACCGCACCCCAGCCCAUACCUCCUUAACCUAAUCCCCAGUUCCCAUCACCAUCACGAUCAUGAGUUAAAUGCAAUGCCAUUGAUCUACAGGCAGAUUUUAAUACAAUGUAGGCAACAGCUUCUGCCUCACUUUAAGCCUUAUAAUACAUAGAUGGACAAAUGUGCAUUUUAUAAUGACUUCAAAUGAUAACUGUACAAUCAAAAAAUAUUUCUAAUUCUUUCAAAUUAAGUAUUUAUAGCAUUUUACAAUAAAUGUGUGAAGUAAAUAUUACAUCUGAAUCUACUCAUUAUACAAUGACAGUAGAGUUAUAUUAUGACAUUUUGACUAUGACCUUGCAUGUUGUUUACAAUGGCUUGCAUUACUUAUUGCACUGUGAUUUACAUAAUACACAAUAGUACAGCCAUUUUCCUGGUUCUAUGAACAAUUCCAUUUUGUUCAUUUAUAUGAAACUCUAGUUCAAAACUGUAAUUAUUUUUGAAAUCUUAUCAUUGGCACAGUACUCCUGAUUUAAUUCAAAAUUAAAUUCCACACUUUUUUUCUUGUUGUGCAGCUACUUUUAGAACUUAAUACAUUGUCUCAAGCAAAUAGUGACACCACAGAAAAUUUUGAUCUAUUCAAAGUACCACUUUGGAAUUUCAUUGAUGUGCCACGAUGCAUGUAUUUAAAACACAAUGUAACUACGCUUACCAUGUUGAAGUAAAUAGGGAGUGGAUGGAGGGAGUUGUACAUAGGAACAAGAAAAUAAAAUGGGUCUACAGGAACCAUAAAUAGCAACAAAAUACUUAAUGCCUGUUGAAUAAUUAGUGGUGGUUAUGAAUACAUUAUUUUCUUGUGGAGGGUAACCAAUCCUACCAAAAAAAAAAUUGUUUAGGCAUAUGUAUAUCUAGAGUUAUCUUCCAAAACACUUGUGUAGACCAUUUUUAUCUGAAGACUUUAACAAAGCACAUGUGCUAGAACACUGUGAUGGGUUUUAUAAUUUAACACAUCUGCUGAGAUUUGUGCUACAAUACAUCCACCUAUUUCUGCAUCCACUUUUUUGGAUCCCCUGUCCGUUCCAGAGGACUUAUCAGACUUUAGUCCUAUUUGAUUUAUUCUCUAGUGAUUGCUUUUUUUUUGUGGAUUUGAUGUGGAGGUAAGGUAAAUCCCUGAUUGGGUGCAAAUUAUGCGUGGAUCAGCAAGAGGAAUUUAAUAUUAUCUGUUAUUCACUAUUACCUGUAAACUUCCUGGUAAUAAUCAAAUGUUGAGAUCUAACCAAAAAGUUACUAGGAAUGAAGCAUAUUUCGACUGAUACACUUUCAAAUGGUACAGUUACUUUUCUAGUGUUUUAAUUAUGUUUGUAAUUUAAUUAAUCACUUUUCAAAAAUAA